CCCCUGGCUCACAAGUUUUUCACCUGGCGUACUGAUAGGUAGGCAUUUGGUAUAACGACGGGAUAACACCGUCCAUUAUUUUAGUUUACAUUUCAGUCUCAAGUGAAACACAACAUUCGUCAUGGAUUGGUCAUUUCUGCCUUUAGAAAUACUAGAAAUAAUCCUCGGCAAGCUCGAGUUUAAGGAUCGAAUGGCCUGCUCGUUAGUUUGUCACAGCUGGUGUAGUGCUUUGUUCUGCAGUCCAAAAUUGGCUCGUGAUAUAGUGUUUAGUAUUGGCCCCAAAUAUUGCAGUGAUUUUCGAAGCAUAAUUCAAAGCAGCGAGCGGAAUUUUCGCCAGCUGGUCAUAGUAUUGCAUACGGCUGAUUUAGCUUUGAAUGAAAUUGUUGCGGAAGCUGCUAAACGAUGGAAUGUAAAAUUUGUUUCGCUGGUUGGUGAGCCAGUGAGACUUCUAAGCUGUUUUAAAUCCAAUGUCCAACUCUUUGAUUCAAUCACAGAACUAACUUUGGAGUUUACAAUGGAUCGAGCAUGGCCAGUAAUGCCAGUGCAAGAGGUAACGUUCGUAAACCUGAAGAAGUUUCACUACUUACAAAUCUACGUGGGCCCCAACCCUAUGAGCGUUCUGUUCCGAUUGGUCAUGCCCAAGCUGGAAGUGGCAUCAAUAGUACUAGAUUCGCUGGCUAAUGAAGAAGCCAUGUAUUGGGAAGAUCCUCUGAUAGAGCUACUAGAAUGCGACAAACUCAAAUCAUUGGAAGUGGAUCUAAAUAGCAGCAUGUGGGAUAACUUUUUUGCAGUAAAACGGUCGAAUAUGGAACGGCUGGUGAUUCGACGAGCCAGCGACGAGUGUCACGAACGAAAUUGGCAUCAACUUUUUGGUAAUAUGCCGAAUCUGAAGCAUGUAGAAUUUGCUUUUUCAAGCGACAGCAUGCUCUCAAACUUGAUUGCAAGUUGUAAAAAAAUUGAACGAAUAAUGUUCUACGGCUUUUGUUUGCAUGAUGGAUCAUUUGCUAACAAUAUGGAGGUACUAAAAUUGAAACAAAUACACCUGGAUGGUUGGCUAACUGGAUCACUUUUUUCCUCGGAAGGUAGACUGGAUGUAUUUCACUUAGAAGACCUAACCUGGAAGUAUGUAGAAUUAGCACCUGCUCAAGGUACCUUUACAAUCGUUGCACCUGAGUUAAAACGUUUGACACUAAGAGGUUGCGAUUACAAACGGUUCCUGCUGGAGGUCGGCGACUGUUUGGAAUGUGUGGAUAUGGAUUACUAUGAAACACAAAUUAUGACACCGAACUUUUUUGGCUCGCUUGAAAACGUUCAGCGGCUAACACUACACAUAAAUAGUAAUUCCCAAAAGCUGGCUCUGAAAAUUGCACCCAUGCCAAGGCUCAAAUAUCUCGAACUGGUAUGUUCUACAGAACGACAUGGGUAUAACUGUAAUGCUCUGUUUCGCGGCAUUUGUGCAAAUUGUCCAGAACUGGAAGAACUAUGUAUACGGAACGAACACGAAAACGAACUCAGAAUAAGUUACUCUCAUUUCGUGCAGCUGGUUAGAUUGACCCGGUUACGUGUGCUAACAAUGCACUUCGUUACGCUGCUCGAUGUUGCCGGCGAAAUCCCUCUACGUCAUCUACAACGGCAGAACAUUUGGGGAUGCACAGUUUCCGGAAAUUCAUCCAAACAAUGUUUUCCUCUGCAAACACAGGACAAGGAAAUGAAUAUCCAGUAGGGUAACAUCUGGCCGUGUGAGCAAACAUGUACAAAGUUUUAGGGUUAAAUCACCGAGCAAAAUAUCCGAUUUAUAACAAUAGUUGUAAGAACUAAAGUGACUUUUAAGUAGCGUAAGUAAGUAACAUUUUAUGAUUGAUUUUAUACAUUUCAUAAAUGAACAAAAUUAUUCGUGUGUUUUUGGGAAUCAACUCGUCUGUCACUUCAGAAAUAUAAUAUAGUGUUAUAUCGUUUAACAAUUAGAUUAAGAGUAAGGUACUGUAUUACCGAUUGGACUCCUUUUGCCUUCAGGUACCUAAACGAUUUUUAGUAAAUAAAAACAUCACAUAUAUAGCAAACAUACACACAGGCUUAAUUUAAUAUAAUUACUAUAAUUUGUCCAAAAUCAAGCCGGUUUUGGGUACUACUGUUAUUUUU